GGAAACUGUUCAUGUCGCAGACUUGGGGGGUUACAGGGAACUGUUCACGAAUGUCUCUCGCACUGCGACGGCUUCAGGGGCUAGAGCUCCUGAGCGGUCCAUGGUAGUGUUCGGGGGGGAGUAUAAAUUCCUCUCGAUUCCCAUCUUCUUUUUCUUUUCUACUCCAGAACUAUCAAGCCUCACAAUCCUGAUCCCAAUUGCUACAGCGCACUCAAAAUCACACCAAAACAAUCCCAAUCACCACCACAGCAGCACACCCAAAAUCACCACAACACACACAACAAACCAAGCACCAUGCCCACCCCUCCACCGCCCCCCGAAAAGGGGCACAAACCCAAACUCCCCACUGGUUCUAACAAACAAGUCUGCCCCGGCUCCUCCCACCCCAACAGCAGCAGCGGAAGAAGCUGUACCAUCACCCCCUACCCCACCACCCGGGGCCUCACCUACUGUACCACCCACCAAACGAUCUGUCUCCUCUGUCCCACGCACCCAAGGCAUUUGAUUACACAAAACUGUAAGAGUUGUGUGUGGAGAGCGAGUGCGGAAAAGCGGGCUGCUGAAAAGGCGGAGAGGGAGGCCAGGGCGGCGGCUAGGGAGGCUGAGAGAGAGGCUGCGUUGGAGGCGGCGGAGCAGCAGAGGGCUGCGGCGAGGGAGGCAGCGGGGGCUAGAUCAGCUGUUAGGACUGCAGGGAGGAGAGAGGCGCCGAGGGCUGUGAGAAACUGA